AUGCUGAGCCGGGGACUUACCGCUUCGCGGCACUUACACCCCAGCCGCUUAGCACGGGCAGGCUCCAGACUGGCUGCACCGGCACCGACAUUCUCCGCGCCGCGAUGGACAUGCCAGCAGUGUGUCCGGGGCGUGUCGAGCUCGUCGUCGAGCGCGGCUGCCGUCUCUUGGGCCACUUCCAGCGCUUUUGCCAAGAAGUAUCAGGCCCUCGACACCUUCCAGCGUCGCCACAUUGGCCCGGACCAGACCGAGACCGACGCCAUGCUCAAGGCCCUCUCGCCGCCUGCUAAGAGCCUGGACGACUUCAUUGCACAGGUUGUCCCGCCUGAUAUUCUGACGGAGCAUCCCCUGUUCCCCAAGGCCCAGUCUGCUCGCGACGACCCGGUCACGCGCGCCGUCAACGAGCCGCUGGCCGAGCACACCGUCAAGUCUUAUGCCGAGGCUGUCUCCUCCGAGAACGACACGAAGACCAAGAGCUUCAUUGGCGCCGGUUACUACGAUACGCUCGUCCCUGAGGUCAUCAAGGUCAACGUGCUGGAGAACCCCGCCUGGUACACCAGCUACACUCCCUACCAGCCCGAGAUCAGCCAGGGCCGCCUCGAGUCCCUCCUCAACUUCCAGACCGUCGUCACCGACCUGACGGCGCUGCCUGUCGCCAACGCGAGUCUGCUCGACGAGGGCACCGCUGCCGCCGAGGCUAUGACCCUCUCCAUGAACAUGCUGUCUGCCUCGCGCGCGCGCCGCCCAGGAAAGACGUUUGUCGUCUCCCACCUCGUCCACCCCCAGACCCUCGCGGUGCUGCGUGGCCGGGCCGACGGCUUCGGCAUUUCGGUCGUCACCGGGGACGUCACGUCGGCUGGUUUCGCCGAGACGCUCGAGACGCUCGGCGAGGACCUGGUCGGUGUGCUCGUCCAGUACCCCAACACGGAGGGUGGUGUGGAGAACUUCCGCGGCCUGGCCGACCAGGUGCACAAACAUGGGGCCCUGCUGAGCUGUGCGACUGACCUGCUGGCUUUGACUGUCCUGACGCCGCCCGGCGAGUGGGGUGCCGACAUUGCCUUUGGCAGCGCCCAGCGCCUUGGUGUGCCCAUGGGCUUUGGAGGCCCGCACGCGGCCUUUUUCGCUGUCGCCGACAAGUACAAGCGCAAGAUGCCGGGCCGUCUGAUUGGUGUAUCCAAGGACCGGCUUGGCAACCACGCUCUUCGCCUGUCCCUGCAGACCCGUGAGCAGCACAUUCGUCGUGAGAAGGCUACGAGCAACGUCUGCACGGCCCAGGCCCUGCUGGCCAACAUGUCGGCUCUGUACUCCAUCUACCACGGCCCCGAGGGUCUGCGCGCUAUUGCCGAGCGCAUCAUGACCGGCACCCGCAUUCUCGAGCGCGCUGCAUCACAACUCGGCCUCGAGCUCAAGCCCACCAACUCUCUCUUCGAUACCUUUGUGGUCAAGACACCUGGCGGCAAGGCCGAUGUCCUGCUGCAGGCUGCUCUUGACCGUGGCUGCAACCUUCGCAAGCUGAACGACAACGAGGUCGGUGUCAGCAACGACGAGGCCAAGACGCACGAGGACCUUCUGGCUGUCAUUGGCGCCUUCUAUGAGGCGGCCCCUGCCAUCAGCGGCGCAUCAUCUGCCGACAGCCUCGAGUCGUUCCUGCAGAACCUCCUGAAGGAGGUCGAGGCCGGCUCCAUCACGCAGACUACGAUCCCCGAGGAGUUCCGCCGCACGUCCAAGUACCUUACACAUCCUGUUUUCAACACCCACCACUCGGAGACCGAGAUGCUUCGCUACAUCUACCACCUGCAGUCCAAGGAUCUGUCGCUGGUCCACUCCAUGAUCCCGCUCGGCUCUUGCACCAUGAAGCUGAACGGCUCCGUGGAGAUGGCAACGUUGCGCAUGCCUGGCUUCAACCAGCUGCACCCCUACGUGCCACGCGACCAGGCCACUGGCUACCAGCGCAUUUUGGCCAGUCUGACGGACCAGCUGCGUGACAUCACUGGCAUGGAUGCCGUGUCUCUGCAGCCCAACUCGGGCGCACAGGGCGAGUUCGCUGGCCUGCGCGCGAUUCGCCGCUACCACGAGCUCCGCGGCGACACCAAGCGCGACAUUUGCUUGAUCCCGGUGUCGGCCCACGGUACCAACCCCGCGUCUGCUGCCAUGGCCGGCAUGUCUGUCGUCCCCAUCCGUUGCGACGCCAAGACAGGCAACCUGGACCUCGCGGAUCUGGAGGAGAAGUGCAAGAAGUACGCCGAUCGUCUGUCCGCCUUUAUGGUUACCUACCCCAGCACCUUUGGUGUCUUUGAGCCCGGUGUUCGCCGCGCGUGCCAGCUCGUGCACGAGCACGGCGGCCAAGUCUACAUGGAUGGUGCCAACAUGAACGCCCAGAUUGGCCUGUGCUCGCCUGGUGAGAUCGGCGCCGACGUGUGCCACCUGAACCUCCACAAGACCUUCUGCAUUCCUCACGGCGGCGGUGGCCCGGGCAUGGGCCCAAUCUGCGUCAAGGAGCACCUUGAGAAGACCCUGCCUCCCGAGUCCGAGUACUUUGCAGCCGACGGUGACCGCCAGGUCUUCCCGCCUGUCAGCAGUGCGCCGUUUGGCAGCGCCAGCAUCCUGCCUAUUAGCUGGGCCUACAACCUGCUCAUGGGCGCCGACGGUCUCAAGGAGGCCACCAAAAUCACGAUGCUCAACGCCAACUACCUGCUGAGCCGCCUCAGCCCCCACUACCAGAUUCUGUACACAAACGAGAACGGCCGCUGCGCGCACGAGUUCAUUCUCGACGUGCGUCCUUUCCGUGAGUCUGCCGGUGUCGAGGCGAUUGACAUUGCCAAGCGUCUGCAAGACUACGGCUUCCACGCGCCGACCAUGAGCUGGCCUGUCGCCAACACGCUCAUGAUUGAGCCCACCGAGAGUGAGAGCCAGGCCGAGCUGGACCGCUUUGUGGAUGCGCUGGUCAGUAUCCGCAAGGAGAUCCGCGCCAUCGAAGAGGGCCGUGUGCCCCGCGAGGGCAACGUGCUCAAGAUGGCGCCGCACCCCGUCCACGAUGUCAUUGGCGACAGUGCCGACAAGACCUGGGACCGGCCGUACACUCGCGAGCAGGCCGCCUACCCGCUGCCUUGGCUCCGCGAGAAGAAGUUCUGGCCAGCCGUUGCCCGUGUCGACGACACGUAUGGUGACCUGAACCUCUUCUGUACGUGCCCUCCGGUCGAGGAUACCACCGGCGAGCGGUAA